AUGGCAGAGUUUACUGUGAACUUUGCUAUACAAACAUUGGGUUCCUUGCUUGUCCAGGAAACCAAGCUGUUGAGAAGUGUAAAGAAAGAAGUUGAAAGCAUCAAAAGAGAAUUGGAGUUCGUCAGAUCUUUCCUCAGGGAUGCAGAUACAAGGGCAGCGGCCGAAGAAGAAGGAGAAAGCAAUGGAGGUGUCGUAAGUACUUGGGUAAAACAAGUAAGGGAAGAAGCUUAUCACUUUGAAGACAUCAUAGAUGAGCACAUACUUAAUGAGGCAAAGCAUCAUGUUCAUGAUGGCAAAGGUCUCACUAGUUUCCUUCGUAAAAUGUGUUGCUUCGUCAAUGAACUUAAGGUGCAUCAUGGAAUUUCCUCCGAGAUUAAACAUAUCAAAUCAUCACUUGCUGAUAUACAAAGAAGUGCGGAAUACUAUAAAUUCAAGCCCAUUGAUCAAGGAGAUGUUGUAUCGCACGAUUCUCGAGUUUCUUCCCUUUUCAUCCCAGGUGAUGAACUUGUGGGCAUCGAAUCUACUGGAGACCAAUUGAUUGGUUUGUUGGUGAGUGGAACAUCCAAGCGUUCGGUGAUUGCAGUUGUGGGCGAAGGAGGACUUGGCAAGACCACUCUUGCCGGGAAUAUUUAUAAGAAUGAUGUAGUGAAGAAGCAUUUCGAUUGCCAGGCUCGAAUCACGGUUGGGAAAGGAUGCACCAAAACGGAUAUACUAAGAAAAACCUUACAAGCAACGAUGGACAAAAUGGAUGUGACAAGGUCUACUCAUGGAAAGAUGGACAAAAUGGGUGUGACAGGGUCUACUCAUGGAGAGAUGGAAAAAAUGGAAGAGACUGAUCUGGUCGCCGCACUGGAGAGACAAUUAAAAGAUAAGUGUUACAUGGUUUUGUUCGAUGACGUGUGGACAACUGAUUUUUGGGGAUAUAUAGAGUAUGCUUUAAUUGAGAACAACAAAGGAAGUAGGAUUAUCCUCACAACCAGAAACAGGGGCAUUGUUGAUGUGAUUCCUUUUGUUAAUGUCCAUAGGCUACAACCCUUGCCUUCAGAUAAGGCAUUUGAACUUUUUUGUAGAAAGGCUUUUGGUCCUCAAGGGUGUUGUCCACCCGAGUUGGAGAAAUUGUCUCGUGACAUCCUUCGGAAAUGUGGAGGUUUAACACUAGCAAUUGUUGCCGUUGGCGGUCUUCUCUCAAACAAGAACAAGGUUGCUUUUGAAUGGAAAAAGUUACUUGAUGAGUUGGGGCCACAGUUGGGACGCGAUUCUCAUCUAAAAGAUUGCAACAAAGUUUUAAUAGAAGAAGCUUGGUUCAAGUGGUAG